UGGCGCUCGGAUCAGUUCGUUUUGUUGUCAUCAGCCACAUUUACACUAAUUUGUUUUUAUCAAGUUUUUAGUGGUACCUUUAAUUUUCUAUUCUUCCACUUAACUACGAUCCCACCACGGAAGAUGCGGAGGAUGGUGCGGACCGUUCACACAAAAUUUCCAAACGAAUAGCACGAGUGACAGUUGCCGUUGUAGGCUACCACUCGACAUUUCAGGUAGCUACAGUUAUUAAAUGGUGAUUAUCAGUGCCAUGGAGAGGAGAAUCAAGUUGAAAACACUGAAUAGUCACAUAACGUGUAAAAUAUGCUGGGGUUACUUGAUAGAUGCCACCACUGUCACAGAAUGUUUACAUACAUUUUGCAAAAGUUGCCUAGUGAAACAUUUAGAAGACAAGCACACGUGUCCAGCAUGUCAAAUAGUGAUACAUCAAUCGCAUCCCCUACAAUAUAUAAGCUUCGACAGAACUAUGCAAGAUAUUGUCUACAAACUAGUUCCUGAUCUUCAAGAGAAUGAAAUUAAAAGGGAAAGGGAAUUUUAUAGAGCAAGGGGUCUACCUUGCCCGAAAGAUGUUCUGCCCAAUGCUGGAGAAGUAGAAGAGGAGAAAACCACAGCAGACGCACAUGCAGAAUCAGAUUAUCAUCGUGCAGAUGAACAGGUUAAUGUGUGUUUGGAAUGUAUAAAUACAAGUUUAAAGACUCUAAAACGGAGAUUCAUCAGGUGUUCUGCCCAAGCAACUAUUACACAUUUGAAAAAGUUUAUUGCCAAGAAAGUUCUCAAUGGGAUGGAAAAAUAUCGGGAUAUUGAUAUUUUGUGCAAUGACGAACUGUUAGGUAAGGACCACACAUUAAAAUUCGUUUACGUGACGAGAUGGAGGUUCCGGGACCCACCCCUAAGGCUACAAUAUAGACCACGAAUAGACAUCUAAGACUAAUAUUUCUGUGUUCGAUGAAAUCACAAAGAAUCUGUACCUACUUUAUACGUUUCCUAGUUCUAUUCGUGUAUGCUCAUUGUAGUACUUAUUUCUGUGUUCUCACACAGCAGGAACUUCAGAUUGAAUUCACAAAAUGUGGAGACGGUUUCUUGCAACAGAAAGAUGAAAGGAAAUGGCUUUAGACUUAUAUCUUUCUACCGUAUCACUUUAAUGCAGAAUACCAAUAGUCAUUUAGCACAACGUAUUUGUAAAAAUAGGAAUCCCGUCAGUAUACAUAAUUGAUUAUAUCUUCCUUUGUUCUCUUCGAAUAGCUAGUGAUUCGAAUCGUUUGCAUAUUGUCACAAGUGAGUUACAUUAACUCGACUCUUUAUUAUUAAUUCGGUGCGUUACUUUUUACUCGAAUAGAGGUUUUUGUGUAAUUGUAGUAGCGUUAAGUAGAUCAAGCAUGGAAUGCGACACGUUGCACGAGAAUGACGGGAGGAAAAGAAAAACAAGAGACAGUGAGGAGAGAGAAUAUGUCUGUUUACACGCAGUGUCGCAGAACGUGUUUCAAGAAACAUUUAGUUGCAGCGUUAGACGAUGCACUGUGCUCUGUGUGUUCUUGUAUCAAUCUUCCGUGACUAUCUUUCUCAAGCAUUUGUUCCGUGAGACAAAAUCGCCUGUUACCGACUUUCCACGGAUCUAUGGAAGUUAGUUGCUUAUUUUCGUUAUAAUCGGCGAUAGGACAAGGUCGCCCCUUCUAUUCGUAAAACGUAAGACGUGAAUUGUUUUUUGAUACAUGCCCCGAUUGUAUAUAUAGAAUAUUUUUGACAGAAUUCCGAGUAACAUUGCGGGUAGGCGCAGCUUUGUAUUAGACGAAAAAAAGGGAUAAAUGGAAACAAAAAAGAGAAAUCGGGCCCAGACAAGGAUGGUCUGGGGCCCCUUUAACUUUGUAUGUUUACGCACUGUACACAUUCUAACCGGCCCCGAAUUUCUCUCAAUACCGGGCUACAAAAUGAAUUUUAUCAGAUGUGACAUAUUUUCUCGAAGGAUUUGAUAAGGACAACGACGUGUUGAGCGGAACGCGGGGCAUUUGUCGCUUUGUAGUGAAUGAACUUGUUUCAUCGGACAGUGUAAAGCGAGACAACUGUGUGAUUGUAUAUAAACAUUCUAGGGAAAUGAAGUGAAAUCGACUUUACAAAGUAGCAGCAUUUCAUGAAUGCUAGUGCUUGUACGUUGUACACUAUGUGUGUAUCUCCAUAAAUUAUUAAAUAAAUAUGUUUUGUACAGUA